AUGAUGUGCUCACUAGUGCCCUCUGAACAGUCUUCUGGUACCUCUCUCUUGCCUAAAGACAAUGCUCCUUUUUCUUGGAGUUCCUUGGAUGAGGAUGAAUUGGAUGACUCCUUGCUGGAGCUAUCUGAUGGAGAAGAUGAUGGCCAUUUCAGUUUCACAGAGGAACAGAUUCAGGAACUCUUGAAGGAUGAUGACCUAUCAAAUGAGCACUUUCCUUGGGGAGGAGGGUUGCCUAAUGAUGACAGCAGGAAUGUUGAGAAGGGAGAGAAGGGGAGUCAAAUUCCACUUGACACUCCCCAAGAGAAAGAUUCACCAUACAACAUGGGACCAGAAGCUGAGACCCCUGACACAUUCAAACUACCUCAACUAACUACAUCAGUUGGUCAUGGACCAACUCCUACUAAACCAUUGAACAGACGCUUUGCACUAGAAAAGAAUCUUAUAAAAGUUACAGUUGCACCAUUUGAUCCAACAGUUUGUGAUGUUGUACUUGAUAAGGACAAGACUUAUGUGUCCAAAGUUACAUCCAGAGUUACUGAAAAACCCUCCUCCCUUGGGGAAGAGAUGAGAGAAGAUGAUCUUAGCCCAAAUGAGAGCACACUUUGCACAGAAUCUGAAGGGAUCAGCCCCAAUAACUCUGCCUAUGAUGGGCCCCCACUCCCUUCUUCAAACAAUAAUUUUCAACAUACUGUCUCUGAUAAAAAUAUAUCCAACAGUAAGAAACCUACGCCUGUAUUCUCUCAGAUCUUGGACCAUUCAGAGACUUCUAAUACAGGGUCAUCCUGGAGAAAUGGAUCAUAUAAAUCAAGUUUUGAAAUGAAGUUACCAGCUUCCAGUUCAUCAAGCAAACAGGAUGUUCUUGACAAGGAUUCUGGGAAGCUAAAGGUCCAUGAAAAAAGACUAGGCAAAGUCAUUCCUGUUCUGCAAACCAAAACAAGGACUAAUGUUCCGACGUUUUCACCGUCAGACCUAGAAAAGCAGAAGCAAAGUUAUCUCAGGAAUGUCAUUGCUCAUAUAGAAGACCCAGUGGAUUCAAACCAAGGUACCUUGGGGGAGCUGUGUGCCUUGAUGGAUCAAGUUCAUCACAUGCACAACCAGAAAUGGCAGCAUCCUUCAGACCUCACCAGGCGAAACUACGCCCGGUUCCGACAGAAAUCUCUGCAAAGAUACAGUCUGACCCAGUGGGUUGACCAGAAUAAGCGAAGCCACCAUCGGUUCCAGCGUCUACCAGAUUUCCCAUACGGUCCACUUGUCUCCUCCCAUCAGCAGUGA